AGGUAAGGCUGCGUUCGGAAACGUCACUCGAAUACUCUCCCUCUUUUUUUAUCUCACUCUUGUAUCUCGCUCACUCAAACGCAACAUACACUUAGGUGACGUUUCCGAACGCAGCUUAAUAUAGGAUUCGUUUAACAAUUAACUAGAUGACAAUGGGGUCGAAAAUUUGGAUAUGGAAAAACAUACCUGGUAUUCCAGGUCGAUGCAACGACGUACUUUAUAUGCGACCAAAGUUACUACCCACACCUAAUCUUCUGGUAUUCUUUGGUGGUGAUGUCCAGGACACACAAGAAAAUAUGGAAAAGCAUCCAGACAGUAAAGGAUAUUUGAAAUGGAGUUUGGAAAAUACAGCAUCUAUUCUUUCUGAACAGUUUCCUAGUAGUCAUAUAUUUGUUAUUCGUCCAGCCAGAAUGUCAAUAACUAGGAAUGCAGUAUUCAGUUGCUUUGAUAAUUUUGUACCAGGAGAUAAAUAUGGUACACCCUCAUUUUGCUUGAUGCACAAAGCUUUAAAGCAUUUAAGAGAAUUACUGUUGUGUUGCUUAGAACAUGUCAAAACACUAAGAACGAGAGAGGAUAUCGACGACUACAAUAUUGAGAUGACAAACUUAAGUUUGAUGGGCUUCAGUAAAGGUUGUGCAGUUCUAAAUCAAUUUCUUUACGAAUUUCAUUAUUAUCAGGAACAUCGAAAUAAAGAUACCGACGUAAAUAGUUUAAUGAAACUUAUCAAGGAUAUGUGGUGGUUGGAUGCUGGACACAAUGGCCCUAAAAAUACGUGGAUUACAGACCAAAAUAUACUUCGUUCUUUUGUUAAAUUAAGAAUAAACACACAUAUACACGUCACACCAUAUCAAGUGCGAGACACUCAUCGGCCUUGGAUCCGCGAGGAAGAAAAUUGCUUCAGCGAGAGUUUGCGAAGCAUGGGAAUACCUGUACAACGAGUCCUACAUUUCGGGGAAAAAACGCGAAGUUUAUCAUCGCACUUCAACGUUCUUACUUGUAUUGGAAGUAAUGUACGAUAAAGCUAUUUUCACUGUUGAAGUUUAGAAUUGUCUAUGAACUGUACAGAGUUGAUAAAAUGAUAAACUUUUUUCUCACUUGAGAAUCAAGAUAAUGUUUAAAAUAUACAAAUUAUAAUUUUA